AUGGAACAGAAGGGCCAUUUCAGGGAGCCCUUUCUCUACGUAGAAACGAAAGGCGUGGAGGAGGAAAAGCGUCAACUGUAUUUUCAGUUUGUGGAGAGAUGCUUCGACCAUCUGUUACGACAGAGCGAUGAGUACAUCAUCGCGACAGUGAAGAGAAACGGGUCCUUGACUUCCUUUUUCUUUUCACAUUUAUUAAAUCAGAAUAGAAGUUACGACUUGCCGUUUGAUCGACCGGAGGAGCAAAAGGAGAAGGAGUACUUACCAUUCGAUAGACACAUUUUCAAACUGUACAUGAAAUUGUUCAGAAUUUACCUGAACAGGGAUAGGCGGGAAAUGAGUACUAUAAAAUCUACCUUCAUAAAAAUACACGUUUUUAUGGAUAUCAUCAUGAUGUUCCAUCGAUCGAAAAGGAGAAAAAAGGAAAUAGAAAUUUUGCUAAAGGAGGCAUACAGAUUAAACAAAAUAAAUUUCUUCAGCAUAAAUAAAUAUUUCUCAUUCCUGUACGAGGAGGUGAAGUCUGUGAAGGAUCAGGUUGGACGUUAUGCACAUAACAGGGGAAAUGUACAGAACCUCAUAUUCAAGAUUAACGAGUUCAUAGUUGCUGUGUUCUGUUUCAUAAAAUUUUUUCAUCCUUUUAAUUAUUUCGAUCGUAACGAAAAUAAGCAGACGAAUGAUUUAAUCCUCUUGAGGUUGAUGUUUUAUCGGGGGGUGGACGUGGGGUCGUUCUCUCUGUCCACUUCUGCGCCGGAGAUUCUUAAAGGGGAGGAGGGUUGCAGUGGCAGUUCCUUCCUCCACUUGGUGGUGCAGACUUACUUCGAAAUGAUUCAUCACCUGUACGAAGACAGCCUCAAGGAGCCCAUCCGCAAGGACUUGCUCUACCUGCGACACCUCUUCGCGCAAGUACUAACCAUGAUGAUCAAGUACAUCCUUCUGCAUGGGAACGAAAAGAACAAAUUGGUAGUGGUCUCCAUUAUUAUCGAUAUGUUAAAACAAAAAAGUGAAGAAAUGAAUCUGUUGUAUUUUUUACGAAACGACAUGCAUCUAUGCAACUGGACAUUUCUUCAAACACUUGUCCUGAAGGAUACACUUGAUAUACAUUUUUAUUUCUACCUAAACGAACUUCUAAAGGUGAAUGGUAAAAAGGGUGUGAAGAAAAUGUGCCUGAAAAAAUAUCGGGACGAGAUCGAGCGCGUCAUGGAGAUUACGAAUUUGAAGGUCGAAGGUGUUGUACUGAAGGUUCUGCGGAGGAACAACUUCGACGUUUGCAAGGCUGUGGAGGAGAUCCUCUCGACAGGCAUGGGAGCCGGAACGAGUAUCCAGAACAUAGGUAGCGAUGGCACAGGUAGCGAUGGCACAGGUAGCGACGACACAGGUGGCGACGACACAGGUGGCGACGACACAGGUAGCGAUGACACAGGUGGCGAUGGCAUAAGCAGUGGUAACCUAAGUAGCCGUAGCCUGAGUAGUCGUAGCCUGAGUGGGGAUGAUCGAAGAGGGGAUGAUGGACGGAGAUCUGUACGUUGGGUCAACCGCGUUGAGUGCGACAAACCACGCGCGACUACAAAGCAUAGGCAGAGGAACAUUCUGGACGUGCUUCGGGAACGCACGCGGAUGGAAAAAUUCCACAGAAGGAAAAGUACCAAAGGCAGAUACACCAAUGAUAACUUGGACGAAGAAAAUAAAAACAAAAUUUUUGAUCUGCUCGAUAGGUCCAGUAGUUCUGAUGAAUUCCCAGAAGAUGGCUCGUUGGAAGAUUUUCAUAAUGAGGUGUUACCCCGCAAGUCUUACAGGAAGAAUGAUGAACAUGGGAGCGGCGGCAGUGACGGGAUUCCCCCACGUGGUGUUACCGAUCGGGGUGGUCUUACUGAUAGGGGGGGGUUUUCUUAUCGAGGCGGUUUUGGUGGUCGACGUGGUCCUGACGGUGGGCGUGGUGCUGGUGACCCCCGCGGGCAUACCAAUCGGGGAGAACGAACCUUUAGGAGAGGCAGACCACCCAGGCAAUACCAUGGCGCUAGGAUUCCUGACGGUGCAGAGGAUGUGCCCAAGGGAGACGGAUGUUCUGAUGGAGCAAACAGGACCAAGCGAUACUACAUGAAGAAGACGACCAACAAGGGGAAGUCCCACAGACGACAGUAUGACAAGAAGAUGAGUCGAGGAAUGUUGUGA